CGGAGAAGGCAAAUAGAAAGAGAGCUGAGCGAAGGGGGUGCGGCGUAUUGUUUUCUUCCCUCAUCACGGGCCAAUAAGGCAACGGUGUGGGCGGAGUUUCUUUCCCUCACCCAACCCAGUCUCCGCUGGGCCGGCAGUGGGUUGAGUUGCGGUCGGAGUCCGGGGGAGGGAUUGGUUGCGUCGAGCCUGUCAGGCUGAGGUGGGAUAAACACACACUCGAGCUGCGCCUGCCGGAGAAGAAAGAAGCGGAGGGUGGCCGGGCCGAGGGAAGGGAAGACAGACCGGGAUCAGGGCCGCGAGGACGGCAGUACGAAGCCAGCCAGCAGCCCCUACGAAGGCGUAAGAUGGCGACAGCCGCCCAGGUGUGCGAGAACAUCCAGAUGCUGCUGGAAGCGGCCGAGUUCCUGGAGCGGCGGGAGCGAGAAGCUGAGCAUGGAUAUGCUUCCAUGUUGCCCUACAGCAGCAAGGACAGAGAUGCCUUAAAACGAAGAAACAAGUCCAAGAAAAACAGCAGUAGUAGCAGAUCAACGCAUAAUGAAAUGGAGAAGAACAGACGUGCUCAUCUGCGACUGUGUCUGGAGAAGCUGAAAGGGAUGGUGCCACUUGGACCAGAAUCCAGUAGACAUACCACGUUGAGUUUACUAACAAAAGCUAAAUUGCACAUAAAGAAGCUUGAAGACUAUGACAGAAAAGCAGUACACCAAAUAGAUCAGUUGCAGCGAGAACAGCGGCACCUGAAGAGGCAGCUGGAGAAACUGGGCAUUGAACGGAUAAGAAUGGAUAGUAUAGGAUCAACUAUCUCUUCUGAGCGGUCUGAUUCAGACAGAGAAGAAAUUGAUGUGGAUGUGGAAAGCACAGACUACCUAACGGGGGACCUCGACUGGAGCAGCAGCAGCCCAAGUGAUUCUGAUGAAAGGGGAAGCUUGCAGAGCCUCUGCAGCGAUGAGGGCUACUCGAGUGCCGGCAUUAAGAGAAUAAAGUUGCAGAACAAUCUCAAGGCCUGCCUCAACCUAUAAGAAGCCAGUGGCUUUCUUUCCAUCCUUGCUGUUUCCUUGUUGGAUCUUAUUAGGUAGUAUGUUGGACCGUCCCACAAUUCUCUUGCACGUAAACUUCUUAUACCACCGACAUUACCAAAAUCUGCUUUGCCUAAGUCUGACAACAGUGCAUAGGGUUGUGGGUUGCAAGCUACUCUCUGGAGCACACAUCUGAUGGCAUCCACUAGCUUCUCUUUUCUGUUGGUAAACUCAUCUCUAUGAGACUGAACAUUCCAACCAAAUUCCUAAGCGCCCAAGAAUAGUGUUGCAGUAAUAGCAACAUACACAUUUUGCCUGUGCUGCUAUUGCUUAGUGUUUUCGAUGUGCCAGGGGUGGGGGUGGGGGGAUUGUAAUACAAGGUGUUUGAAAAACAAUAGCUAGACUAGCCAUUAUUCCUCAAACAUGACCUCAAAAGACAGAAAUAUACUUCCUUGUCAUUCAGAGCAGGAAACUGGCAAGGCAAAUUUACAAAGCCUUGUAACUUUCCGAUAGGGAAUUAUUCAGCGAGACUUCCCAACCAACCACUGACCAGCAGUUUUCUUCUGAUGUGUCCCAAGUCACUACAGUUGUGACAUGGCCCUUUCUGGGACUGCCUUUGUGCCAGUACUGAACCUUUGAAGUCUGAGCUAUCCUUUUCAAAAGUAGCACCAUCGGGCUAAGUUAGUGGCAGGUAACUGACAGAAUAAAACUAGUUUGACAGUAGUAUAGUAUCAACAGAAUCAGGUUGCAGAGUCUUCAUAUAGGCAGGGAAAUGUUUCCAGUUGUAGCCAAUUACCUUAGUAGGAUGCCUACACUCAAAUCAAUCUCCCAAUCUUUGAUGUCAAAAGACCAAAUGGUACUUCAGACUACUCCUGUGCAAUCUUUAUGAUGGUAUCUUUACAUUGACAGCUGCAUUUACCUUUUGUUCCUAGCAGCUUUUCUGGCUGCUAAGUCCUUUCUUGUCUCUGGGACAAAUCUUUCUACCUCAGAGAGAUGAACAAAGCUGAUCUCAAUCCCGUUAGCACAAAAAGAAAAAAAAAGGAAUUAUGCCUCAUUUGUAUGCUUGGUUCUAGUCCAAUCUGUUUACUUAAAUUUUCAGCAAUAACCGAGUGACAGAGUUAGCUGUGCUAGCUUUGAGUUGUUAAUGACUGAGGAGACAUAAUUGCAGCAAGUCAUUGGAGCCCCCCUGGUGUUCCAGCACUUAAUUGCCUGUUUAAAUUAUUUGGUAGCACUCUGAAAGUGUCCUCUGUAGAUUUUAGGUUGCUUUUACAAACUUUUACUGCCCCCUUUCCACUCUUGUUUCUGGUGUCCCACCUCUUUAAGCUAAGUUGAGCACACACAAAUGUACAUAACAAGACCUAUAAAUAGUAUUUAUUCAUUUUUUAUAUAAACCUAAUGUAAUAGAUAACCUUAUGAUUUUGUGCUUUUAUAGAUGUUCAGGAAACUUUGUACGUCAAGGUCUACUAACCAAGAGCGUUUCUUAGUUGUCCUUGCUUUUUGGCAUUAGUAUUGUGCCCACUUGGCCACCUCCUAGUCAUUUUUUGUAACUUUCUCGCUUGGUUCUCCAUAUGCAGCCAGAUGUUUCCCCCAGCAAUCACAGGAUACUCAAGAGCUGCUUAAGCAACUUCACUUCACUCUAAAAGGGCUAUGUAGCUUAUUUAGCUUAAAAUGUUAUUCAUGCUUGCUAGCAGGCUGUGAUCCAAACUGCCAAAAUCCACUAAGACACUCUUGUCAAAGUUCCAAAUAAGCAACUUACAAAUGAAAUUUGAUUUCUUCAAGCAGCUUUUCUCUAGAUAAAUUUUCAAGACGGAAAGCGAGGCUAGUGGAUUGCUAAAGAUCUCCCAAGGUGAUUUCUUUUUGAGUGUGCUACGUUAAACACAAAUAACCGCUGGAAUUUUCAGGUGUCCAGCAGAUUUGCACUGAACUCCUACUUGUUGGAGGCUGCCUUGCUUUUAUAAGCUGGCUUCAAAUACAAGCAAAGGCCCUUCUGAGAGCAUGCUCCCAACCUCUAAAGAAGUUGAGCGGCUGCCCUUUGAGGUCCUUUGCUCCAACCCAUUUUUUGCCUGAGACUUUUUGAGCUUCAAUAUUUGUUAAUGUGUUGCAUAAAAUUGUCUCACGCCCAGCUCUGAAGUUGUUGCCACCUUAAGGUUGAAAGGAACUUCAGGUGUUGGGAUCUGUAUUGUUGAGGCAAAUAUGAAAAACAAAUUUGUGUACUUUUCUUUAGAAGUAAUGUCUUAAGAAUUUAACCUAAUGUAUUUUAAUUGUUGUGCCUUUUCAGUUAAUUGUAAGGAGGCACAAUCCACUUUGAGAAACUCCUGGGCAAGGCCUGCUCCCUCCAAAUGAGUGCAAGUGGUAGAGAAGCACACCCUUGCUUUUAUUCAGCUGAUUUCAUUUUGGGGCACUCUGGCCAGGAGAAAUCCCUAAUGGAUUGUGUCUGUUCCUUUUUAUUUUUAAAGUAAAAUAUUGUGGUGGGAAUUCUUUUGUCCCUAUUGUGAACCAGUAAUUGAUCUUUGCACUGUCUGAAUUUGGUCCUUUCAAAAUUUUGGUGGCACAAAAAAUAUUGAUCUUUUGCAAAUGAUGCACUAUUGUUGAAAACAAGCCUAAAGAGAUGAUUAGUGUUUGGAAAACAUUUCGGCAAAUAACGCAAAUUGUCCUGUGAGCUCCAUGGCCACUUUUAAAAUGUCUUGGCUACGACUGACCUCGGCAGCUCCGAACUUCUGUGGUCCUCUUUGCUAAUUGCCCAGCCCACCCCCAAGGCAGCUACAUCCACUUCAAGCCCAGUUUUCAUGGGCCUGAGUUGUGUGUUUGCUUCCACGCUGCUUGAGUGAUAUGUAAAACCUCUUUCCAUCUGAAGAGGUUGUGCAGCUUAUUAGGGGUCGCAGUUGUGGUGCAUACACACAAGCAGAGGAUUCAUGCACAAGCAAGUGGCUGGAAGCAAUAAUGCUAUUUGGUCAGUGUGUAAAUUGGGCCAUAGAAACAUUACAUUCUGGUUCAGCCAGCCUUUUCUCGAUUUCACUGAUCCACCAGCAUUAUUAUUUAAUAAACUGCAGAAAAUUAGAUUUGUAGAUUGUCAUGGGCUGCUUCUGUGCCCAUGUUUACAGCAGGAAGUAGCAUAUGUAUGCAAGUGCAAAAAUAUGUGGGUGUUCAAGUUACACUAAAUUCCACUGCAUUUGGAAUCUUCCAAUGCAGCUGUGAAUUGGGGGCAUGCUUGAUUGGGGGAAAAAUCCAAAGCUUAUCUUUUGUUGUUCUAAAAUACCUCUGGUUGACAGGGUGACAGAAAUAUCCUAAAGUUAUUGACUUGGUUUCUAACUAUGUCUUCAGUCACUGGAAGGGGAGCAGUUCUCCGAUUCCCCUCCCCACUUCAUCCCCUGUGCAGUUCCCAAAGGACCAUGGUGGCAUGCAGUGGGAGGGGAUGCUAGAAAACACUCUUGCAGGAGUGCUACCGUGUAGCAUAGAAUCCAAGUAAUUGUCUGCACCUGAUAAACCUUUUCUCCUGAGAGUUGAACACCCAGAUUUUUUUUAAUAAAGCCAAGUUUUUCAGGUGCUAAUAGACAUCUAUUAGAAACUUUCCCAGGGUUGGUGCAUAUACCUGAUUUGGAUUCAUAUUAUUUGAAAUGGUCCUAUUAGGUGCCACGAGUACUUCCACCCUCCCGAUUCCAGAGGUCUCGGCGCACGCAGGCUGUGUUCUGCCAAAUGCCGUUCUUAGCACUUUGUUCUCACAAUACCGCACUUCACUUCUGCCCCUGAUCCCAAUCUCAAUAGAGCUUACAAACAUAGCCUCGCAGAGGAAGCUCUGUGUUCUCUGAUGGGGGAGUGUGGGGUGGGAGACAAGAUUAUUUAAGUACUCACUGCCGAAUUUGAGUAAACUGAGGCAUCUGGUGUACCGUCUAGCAAUAUGUUGGGAAGACUUGCUGUCCUCCUUCUGCCCCCUCCGUAACAAAUUUCAGGUUUUGACACUUACUGUAUUCAGACAAAUUCUGCUUUUUGAUACCCAGCUAUGUGUUUUCUCCCCUGAAGACAUAUUGCGCUGCUUCCUCUCUUGCUUCUUUGAUUGGAGAGAGAAUUUUUGCUUUCGAUGUUAGUGCAAAGUGAUUUGGUUCCUGUGCGUUAUGGCCACCUAAAGUUCUUGGAACACCUACUUAAAUCAGUGAUAUGUUUGCUUUGGAGGGAAAGCUGCCCAUAAUUGCUAAACACACUUAAGUGUUUUCCACAUUCCAAAGUCUAUACACACACACACACACACACACACACACACACACACACACCAAGAUUGGCUUGAGCAAACCUGUGUGUUUUACUGUUAGGGUCUGGUUGAACAGCACUUAAAGCCAGCCUGUUCCUGGCUGCCACCUGCUUGCUUGGUUGUAGCAUGCUUGCCGAAACUCAGCCGUUCCCUUCUGAAGUGCCCAAAGAUUUGACUGACUUGGUAGCUUGGCUUUAUUUUUGUGCUGUUUUUUUCUGAUUGACCUGGUAACUUUCCUCUUUCCUCAAAUAGGUGCUCUUAGUGACACUUGCUUGUUUUGAACUCUUGACUUUUUAGUUUUGGAGUCUUCCAAAUAAAACGUAGUCUAAAGAGGAGCAGCAGGCAGGGAGAAACAGGAAUCUGGUUUCCAGGUAUUCAGUUCCUAAUGUAUAGAUGUCAUUACAAAUCCUGUGUCAAGACCAUAUAAUGGUGCUUUUUACUACAGUUAGCACAUGCAUUUUUAGAAAUUACAUGUUUUAGAAGACCUUGCUGUGUAUAUGUAUACUUCUGUAUUGUUCAACUGUUAGAAAAUAAAUUAUUUCAUUACUAAAAGA